CCCUCUCGUUCCUGCAUUGCUGGUGUAGUAGUGUAGUCGCGCCCGCGCAUAGCGUAGAAGACGUAACGAACCCUGCUGCCGCGUGGGCAAAUCAUAAAGAGAGAGUCUGCACUGACACCAACUUAAACCACUACGUGCAGCAUUGCAAUCAAGUACCCCGUCAACCUCCGGAUUGACCCCCUCAACCACAUUCGGAGCUGCCCUAUGGCCCCCACCAUCCGAGCUCCGGUUCCUCUUCCCCUCGGGUCUCAACAAGGUGGAAACGCCCCAUAUUGGUUUGGUCAAAUAUGCAGACAAGACAAGGACGAUAACUGCGAAUGCCGUUCGUAGUUCCGAGUCGUAGGGCUGAGUUGCCGAAAGUUCGGGUCCCCACCCAAUACCGGCACAGAACACCAACACAAAGCAUUGGAGUUAUAUAUCCAUGAUCAGGCCGUACAAGAGAUCUGAUAUAUCUAAGCUCCAUAUAUCUACCGAGAAGGUCUUCAACCGUGCAACAAAAAUCCACAACAUACCCAAAGAAACAACAACACCUCACCACCAGCUCCACCCCCCGAAAAUGGUCAUCAACGUCCCAACCGCCUCCCUCGAAGGCAAAGUAGCCCUCGUUACAGGUGCCGGCCGUGGCAUCGGACGCGGCUGCGCCAUCGAACUCGGCAGACGCGGCGCGUCGGUGAUAAUAAACUACGUCUCGUCCAAGGGCCCCGCCGAAGAAGUCGUCAAGAUCAUCCAAGGCUUCAACAACGGCGCAAAAGCAAUCUCCAUCCAAGCCGACGUCUCCAAGCUCUCCGAAAUCAACCGCCUCUUCGAAGAAGCCAAAUCCGCCUUCGGCAAAAUCGACAUUGUAAUGAGCAACUCGGGGACCGAAAGCUGGGACAAGACGGAAGAAAUCACCGAAGAAAAAUACGACCACGUCUUCAACCUCAACGCGCGCGCGCAGUUCUUCGUCGGCCAGACCGCCUACAAACACAUUGAAGAUAAUGGCCGCAUCAUCCUCAUGUCGUCUAUCGCCGCUGGCCUCCUUGGCGUCAAGGACCACGCCCUCUACAAUGGAAGUAAGAUGGCCGUCAUUGGCUUUAUUAAGGCCUUCGCCACGGAUUUCGGGAAACGUGGUAUCACGGUGAAUGGCGUCGCGCCCGGCGGCAUCAAGAGCGAUAUGUUUACGCAGAACGCGUGGCAUUACAUCCCCGGGGGCUCACCCGAGUGGCCUGCCGAGAAGAUCGAGAGCUUGAUGGCGAAUCACUGCCCGUUGGGCCGGUGUGCGGUUCCCGAGGAUGUGGCGCGGGUCGUGGCGUUUUUGAGCAGCGAGGAUGGCGGGUGGAUAAAUGGACAAGUUAUCACUAUUUCUGGUGGUUCAUCGCAGUAGGUUGUUGGGGGGGCGUAGUCGUAAAGGAAGAAAAUAGAUUUUAUUCUGUUCGGGGAGGUACUCCUGUAUUCUC